GAGUCUGCUGCCCUGCCCCGGCUCGCAGGCCUGAGGCUCUGCGCCCACCUCGCGCCGCUGGUGCCCCGUUCCUCCCUAUGGUGUAGCUGGGGGCGUCCYCGAGAAGAGAGAAGAUGAUGAGUGAUGCAAGUGACAUGCUGGCGGCCGCUCUGGAGCAGAUGGACGGCAUCAUAGCAGGAUCCAAGGCGCUGGAAUACUCCAACGGGAUAUUCGACUGCCAGUCGCCCACGUCGCCCUUCAUGGGGGGCCUGCGAGCGCUGCACCUGGUCGAGGACCUGCGGGGGCUGCUGGAGAUGAUGGAGGCGGAUGAACGAGAGGGGCUGCGCUGCCAGGUCCCCGACUCCACGGCGGAGGCUCUCAUCGAGUGGCUCCAGUGUCAAAUGACUAAUGGACACAUAUCUGCUAAUGGAGACGUGUAUCAAGAAAGGCUGGCACGUUUGGAAAAUGAUAAGGAAUCUCUUGUUCUGCAAGUGAGUGUGCUUACAGACCAGGUAGAGGCCCAAGGAGAGAAGAUUCGGGAUUUGGAGUUCUGUCUGGAGGAGCACAGGGAGAAGCUGAAUGCCACGGAGGAGAUGCUGCAGCAGGAGCUUUUGAGCAGAACGUCUCUUGAAACUCAGAAGCUGGAUCUUAUGGCAGAGAUUUCCAAUCUGAAGUUAAAGCUUACUUCUGUAGAGAAGGACAGAUUGGACUAUGAGGAUAGAUUCAGGGACACAGAGGAUUUGAUCCAGGAGAUAAAUGAGCUGCGAUUAAGGGUGGGAGAAAUGGACAACGAAAGGCUCCAGUAUGAGAAAAAACUCAAAACUACCAAAUCUCUAAUGGCCAAACUUUCUAGCAUGAAAAUCAAAGUGGGUCAGAUGCAGUAUGAAAAGCAGCGGAUGGAGCAAAAAUGCCAGAUGCUAAAGGAUGAACUGGCAGCCUUGAAAGAGAAGCUGGAGCAGAAGGAAGCCGAGGUAAAAAGGUUGCAAGAAAAGUUGGUCUGCAGAAUGAAAGGAGAAGGGAUUGAGAUACUGGACAGAGAUGAAAAUUGUAAAAAGAAGCUCAAAGAUAAAAACAUAGAGGUACAGAAAAUGAAGAAGGCGGUUGAAUCUCUAAUGGCAGCAAAUGAAGAGAAGGAUCGGAAGAUAGAAGAGCUCCGGCARUCUCUGAAUCGGUACAAAAAAGUUCAAGACAUGGUGAUACUGGCUCAAGGUAAAAAAGGCAAGGAAAGCGAUAGYGAGGAGUUCCUGAAUUCAGGAUCUGUUUUAUUGGACACACCGAGUCUCACUGAUCCAGAGAAAAGUCCAUCCCCAACCCCAGCAACGGUGUCUCCAAGCCAUGAUGAGUUUAACAUGAAUCUUCACGAAGAGAAUUCCUUACAGAUCCACACCAGUAUUUUACAGGUUUCAAUCCCUUCUUUUUCACCAACGUCUAAGAGCCCAGAAACUGUUGCAGAGAAAGUAAAAGCACAGCCUAGACCAGAAGCUGCAAAUGAAAUGAGCGAAUUGAGAUCAACUGGUUCCUCGCCUGAAACUCAUUUGAGUGACAGCCCAGUGAGCUCCUCCCUGCACAAGUCCAGCAGCCUCAGCAGCCUGAAGAAGGAGGCGUCGGAAGYGGAGAAGGACCCGGCGCAGAAGCCGGCGGAGCAGGUCAAACCUCCUGUGGAAGGGAGCAGAUCUGGGACCUUGCCUCCAAAGUCCCCUUCUCAUGGUGGCACAGGAGAUGAGGACAGCUUUGGUACCCGCAAGGCCAGGUCUUCCUUUGGGAGAGGCUUUUUCAAGAUAAAGAAUAACAAGAGGACGGCGAGCACGCCCAACCUGGAUCGCAGUCGGAGCGCGAGCGCGCCUACGCUAGCUGAAACGGAGAAGGGAUCUGCAGAUCACUUGGAUCUGGCUGGUUUGCCCCCUCGACCGAAGGAAACCGAGAGCUUGCAGAUGACGCCACCUUCUCCGGAUUCCAGGAAAAAGGCCAGGGGAAUCAAGAAGUUAUUUGGAAAGCUUAAAAGGAGUCAGUCCACCACCUUCAACCCGGACGACAUGUCCGAGACGGAGUUCAAACGAGGAGGAACGAGAGCGACUGCGGGGCCCCGGCUGGGCUGGUCGCGAGACCUGGGGCAGGCCCACAAUGAGCUGGACAUGCCAUUCGCCAAGUGGACAAAGGAGCAGGUUUGCAACUGGCUCCAGGACCAAGGGUUAGGCUCUUACAUGAGCAAUGGCAAACACUGGAUACUGUCUGGGCAAACGCUUCUGCAGGCUUCUCAGCAGGACCUGGAGAAGGAGCUUGGGAUAAAGCACCCGUUGCACCGGAAGAAGCUUCAGCUUGCCCUACAGGCGCUGGGCUCCGAAGAGGAAAACAACCAUGGGAAGCUGGAUUACCACUGGGUCACCAGGUGGCUGGACGACAUUGGACUGCCCCAGUACAAGACCCAGUUUGACGAGGGGAAGGUGGACGGCCGAAUGCUCCACUACAUGAGCGUGGACGACUUGCUGUCCUUGAAAGUUGUCAGCGUCCUGCACCAUCUCAGCAUCAAAAGAGCCAUUCAGGUGCUGCGGAUAAAUAACUUUGAACCCAACUGUCUGCGCCGGAGGCCGUCUGAUGAGAACAACGUCAGCCCGCUGGAGGUGACGCAGUGGACCAACCACCGCGUCAUGGAGUGGCUGCGCUCCGUGGACCUCGCCGAGUACGCGCCCAACCUGCGCGGCAGCGGCGUGCAUGGCGGCCUCAUGGUCUUAGAGCCUCGUUUCAACGUGGAAACCAUGGCCCAGCUGCUGAACAUCCCGCCAAACAAGACGCUGCUGCGGCGGCACUUGGCGACCCAUUUCAACCUCCUUAUCGGCCAGGAGGCCCAGCAGCAGAAACGCGAGGCCAUGGAGUCCCCAGACUACGUCCUCCUGACAGCAACUGCCAAAGUGAAGCCAAAGAAACUUGCCUUCAGCAAUUUUGGGAGUUUGAGGAAGAAGAAGCAGGAUGAUGUGGAAGAGUAUGUGUGUCCUAUGGAGCUGGGACGGGCAUCUGGAGGUGUGUCAAAGAAAGGUUUUAAGCCUGGCCUGGAUAUCCGAGUGUAUGACGAUGACGAUUUGGACAGGCUGGAGCAGAUGGAAGAUUCGGAAGGGACCGUGAGGCAAAUAGGAGCAUUUUCUGAAGGCAUCAACAACUUGACACACAUGCUGAAAGAAGACGAAAUGUUUAAAGACUUUGCGACUCGCUCGCCGAGCACCAGUAUAACAGACGAGGACUCCAACGUGUGACAGCAGCGGGCGGGCGCUGCCCAAGGCUCCCGUUCCUCCGCGCGAGAAGCGUGUCGUCGUCGUCGUCGCUCUGCGUCGCGGGCCGCACACGCCGCCCGCGGCGCCGCUCCUGCUUCUGCUUGUUAGAAGUGCUGCUGGGGGGUCGAGAACUGCAAAUGAGAACGAUCGGUAAAAAAGGUGCCUACUUCGAAGUUGCCAUAAGAAACACCCAGACACUGGUGAAUGCUAACUGUUUUUACUCUAUUUAAUGUACAAACUGAUGGUAUGUUGCAGAGUGUUGCAUUUAAAUCUGCGUGUUAUCACAGUGCUCCUUUUGCUUACUCAUUCCCUGAGGUAUCCCUUUAUACUGGGCUAAGGUAACACGAGAUGUUAGGUAGAAAAUAUUGCAUCUGUAGAGGUCGUGCAUCAGCUUUCUCUAGGGUCUCGGCUGAGAAAAGAUGUCACUGUUGUCCUUUUCAAAUGGAUUUGUCCAGCACAAAUACCAGCUCUGCCUUUCCCACAGUACCCAACAUAGGAUUUUAGUUAUUCGUGCCCUGCAUAAUCUCCCAGGUAACUCUUAACUCUUGCUAUUAUUUUUGUACUGUUUUAUAAAAAAAAGAAAAAGAAGAAAGUAUAUAAAGUACAUAUAAAAGCAGAAAUUUAAAUUUUGUGACAUAGAGUGAUGGAAAGUUUGAGGUGUGGGGGAAGGGGAAAGAGUUGUAAAAAAGAUUUAUCCCAGUUUGCAUGCCAGCUGGUUACUGGAAAGGGCAGGCUGACCUUACAGACUCUUUGCUUUCUUGCCUUUUUGCAAAACGCACAGUUAAUGAUCUUCCAUUUGGGGUGAAGCCGUUCCAAAGCGUAUUUCCUCUUGCAGUGACUCUUGCAGGAGCUGCAGAUUUCAAAUCAUCCUCCUCCUUGCUUCCAGCAGC